CUUAUUUAUUAUCUAUCUAUACUGUAAACAUUUAUAUUUUAAAAUAAUAAUUUAAAAAAAAUCAAGGAAAAAAACUUUUUUUUUAUAUAAAUUAUGGCUGACGAUUCAAAUUCCAAUGACGAAAAACCUCAAAAUGAUCAAUUUAACAAUGAUCAACUACAACAAAACAUGAACAAUAAAAUGCAAUUUCGAAGUCCAAUGAUGGGAGGCUAUGAUCCUUCAUUUAUGAAAAUGGCCAUGAUGAAUCCCAUGCAAUAUCAACAUUUUCAACAAAUGUUAUUUAUGCAGCAGCUUCAAAGGCAACAACAAAUGCAAAGACAAAUGAAUUCUGCAGCAGCCAUGACAGCAGCAACUACAUCAACAGCGACGUCAAACAUUCCACCAGAGACACAAAAACCACCCACUGGUUAUGUUUGUUUUAAAUGUGGACAACCUGGUCACUGGAUAUACUAUUGUCCUAAUGUUCCUAAAGGACAAUUUGUACAAAGAGUUGGAAUUGGCAAUCGAAAUAAUAUAGGAAAUCAAGCUAUUGGUGAUAAUCAGCAACAAGAAGAAGCACAAAAGCCGCAAGAGUUAACAUGUAUGAUUUGUGAUAAAAUUAUGACAAAUGCUGUACUUGUGCCUUGUUGUGGAAAGUCAUUUUGUAAAGAAUGUACGUAUAGGAUUGUUAUAUUGGAUAGUUAUCUUUGUAUUAUCUUUAGUUUGUUGUUAUUUUGUUAUAUGUAUAUUGAUUCAGACAAAGCAUCGUCUGAUGAAACGAAGGUUACUCUUAUUUCGCUUACUUUUUUAGAUGCCAUUUUAUUGUCUUUUUAUUAUCUGUUUAUUAAUUUGAUUAUUAUUAUUAUUAUUGGGAUAAAUUGGGAACUUAUGGACUCAAAUUGGAUUCAGGAUAUUUUUUGGAUUAUGUAAAAU